CCUACAUCUGGAUGUUGUGUUAUAGAUGAACAAAUUGAUGUAUUUGAUGUAUUUGUAUUUACUGAAGCAGGUGUCAGUGGUGGUGUUGGCACUUCCUCAUCAGGACUUGAUACAUCCGGUAAAGACUUUACUAAAUCCUUUAAAAAAUCAAAGCGGCUCUCUGAUAAAAUACAUUGCUUCCUAUGAGAUGGACUCAAAGUCUUAGCAUUUUUGGCAAUUGUAAUUUCCAUGGUUUUUGUAAGUAAUGAAUGUACAAACAGUUCUAAUGUUCUAGGUAUACAAAUAAUUAAGGAAUUUAUUUUUAACAUGAAAUAUAUAUCGUCAACAGUUUGAAGAUCUAUAAUGUAAACAACAAAGAUACAAGCUUAUGUUGAUACUUAAAACAAAGUUAUUGUUUUUAUUGCGUGGAUAUAAGUUAUAAAGGAUAUAAAUUAUAAUUGGCACUGCUUGUGCGACCUUUCCAACUUCUUCGUCGGUCUGCAUAAUUUUUUUUAUUCUGCCCUAAGUGCAUUUGUAAAGAUAGGUUAGGUAUGUAAUUAAAAAAUUGUUAUGUAUUGAGUUUCUUUUUAUUACAUAUUUCUUUAUAAUUUAAAUGUAAUUAAAUUAUAAUAUUGUUUUUAUCGAAAUAAUAAACAUGUAAUUUACGUAAAGUGUACUUUCGUGAAAAAUCUUCCAAAACUGUACACAGUACUUUAAUACUCACUGCUGGAAAACGUGCAUUAUAUUUUUUCUUUUUACUCGGCAUUGUCACGAAGCGUAAGGCCUCACUCUACGUAUAAAUAAAACGAAGAAUAAAAUUUUGUAAUAAUAAACGUGUUUAUAUCGUAUUUAGCGAUAGAGGUGUUCUGAAACUUGACAGGUAUCUGUAACUUGUAUUUUUCAAUAAUGGAAAAAGUAUUUUAUGUUCGUAAAUGUGACGCUUUGUACAAACUAAAUACUACGUGUUCUAAAAAUACUUCGAAACAUAAUCUCAGAUUAUAAUUUAUGAAUAACAAUAUUCAUUGUAGUAGCGUAUAUUUAUUUAUUUUUUUUAUAUUUAUUCUUUUCUGAGUAAAAGUAAUUAUGAAUUAAACUGCUAAUGGGAUAUCACUGGUUAAAGAUUUUACUCUUAUGAAAUAAUAUAAGUUUAGGAACGACAAUCGAGUUACAAAUUUAAGUUCAAGAUUGUUUCGAAUUACGGUUUGUUAUUUUAAUUGAAUUACGAAUUGUAAAAUGUGCAAUGCAAAAAUUUAUACUUUUUGUUAUUAUUUUUAAGGAAAAAUGUUCGUACAAAUGUAUAUGAUUCAAACUGUGAUGAAUAUUAGAUGAGUAACGUUAUGAAUAUACUAAUGUUUUUAACCUAUAACUGACAACAACUCCGAUCAAAUUUUAUUUUAUAAUGGCAAAUUCGAGCAAUGAUAGAAUCGUAGUUUUAAUAGAUAUGGACUGUUUCUUUUGCCAAGUUGAAACGAAACUUCAACCAGAAUAUGCUGGAAAACCACUUGCAGUUGUGCAAUAUAAUCAAUGGAAGUUAGGAGGAAUUAUUGCUGUUAAUUACGAAGCAAGGGAAUAUGGUGUUACAAGACAUAUGAGAGGUGAGGAGGCAAAAGAAAAAUGUCCAGAUCUGAUUUUAGCUAGUGUACCAUGUCUUCGUGGAAAAGCUGAUACAUCAAGAUAUAGAACUGCUGGUCGAGAAGUUAUUAAUGUCAUAAAGACACACUGUGAUAUAAUAGAGCGUGCUAGUGUGGAUGAAGCAUAUUUAGAUAUUACUAAUCUAGUUUCCAAGAGAAUAUCUACAAAUCUUAUUUCUUCGAACCAUUUAAUAAAACAGCUUUCAAACACUUUUGUAGUUGGAUAUUCAAAAGAUGGAAAGAAUGAUGAAGAAGAAAGAAGUAAUGGCACAAGAACUUGGAUAAUGAAUAUUUUUGAGGAUCUUGAAGAUAUAGAACCACAAAAACUUGCAAUAGCAGGAAUUAUAGUUGAAGAAAUAAGAACUAAUAUAUUUGAUAAAACAGGAUUUAGAUGUUCUGCUGGUAUUGCACAAAAUAAGAUAUUAGCUAAAUUGGCAUGCGGAUUACAUAAACCAAAUCAACAAACAAUAUUACCUGCAACCGCAGUAUCAAGUUUGUAUUCAACAUUGCCAAUUAAAAAAGUUAGAAACCUUGGUGGGAAAUUUGGAGAUGUUAUUGUUGAAUCUUUGAAUUGUAAUGUUAUGGGUGACUUAUUGCAAUAUUCAUUGCAAUAUUUACAAAAACGUUUUGAUGAGAAGACAGGAUUAUGGUUAUACAAUAUUGCUCGAGGAGUAGACAAUGAACCUGUUAAUAUACGACUGGUAUCUAAGUCAAUUGGAGCAUGUAAAAAAUUUCCGGGAAAACAAGCCAUUGUCUCAUUAGAUGUGUUAAAACAUUGGGCCAGUGAAUUGUCAGCAGAAGUUUGUGAACGUCUUGAACAAGAUCUUGAGGAAAACGAGCGUCGUGCAACAUUAGUAACUAUAUAUUAUCGGUAUUAUCAAAAUAGAACUACAAUAUCUCAAUCACGUUCAUAUACUUUAAAUUCAUAUAAGCCAGAAAAUAUGGCAACUCGUUGCGUACAAAUUGUAUCUAAAUCGACGCAAUGUCCAAUUGCAUUUUUAGGUAUAUCAGCUGGUAAAUUUAUACCAGCUAAAGGUAGUGAUAAUUUUCGGAAUUUCUUUAAAUCAAACGAAUUAGAAUCUUGUAAAAAAAUAGACGUACAAACAGAAAAUGAAAAAAUAGAAAGUAUAUGUUUAGUAGAAGAUAGUACCAAAAAAAUAAAAAAUAACUUAGAUGUAGAUAAAAAUAUCUGUAUCGAUUCCAAUAGCGAUAAAAUCAACAAUAUGCAAAAUAAUAAAUUAAAACAUAUUGGAAAAAGUUCUAGAAUUAAUGCGCAAUUAACUGAAUGUAAUUAUGAUACAAGAACUGAUUCGUCUCCUACUUCCAGACGAUUAGAUAAUUUAAUUAAUUCACUGAAUGAACGAAAUGAAAUAAAAACUCUUUGUAAAAAGAAGAUAAACUGUUCUAAUUUAGGUGAUCCUUUAGAUCAAAAUGAUUUCAAGGGAUCGUUUUUUAUGAAUGUUUUAAACUUGGAGGAAAGUAAUUCAAAAAAUACAUGUAUAAAUAAUAUUGAAUUAAAUGGUAAUAUAAAUAUGGAUAUUAAAUGUGAAAAUGUAAAUAAAAAUAAUAUAAAAAAUGAGGAAAGUAAUUCUGAUGAAAAUUUAGAUUUAAAUAUGAAAGAUAAAAUAUAUGUGAACAAUGAAAUUGAAAAUGAGGCAAUUUCUUCAAAUAUAAAAUUAAAUGAAAAUAAUGAACAAGACGUAAUACAACUACAAGAAAUAUUUCCUGAUUUGAAUAAUAUUGAUCUCAAUGUAGUUGCAUUAUUACCUUCAUAUUUGCAAGAAGAAGCAAAAUUACAUAUGAAAUUAAAAGAUAAAAGGGGUAAUACAAAAGAAAUUGUAAUGAAAACGUCAAAGAGAAAAAGUAAAUCUACAAUUAAUAUCUCAAAAGGAAAAAGAAGCAAUGAUAUUUCUAACUUCUUAAUUAAAAAAAAUUCAUCUAAUUUAAUUGAAGUUCCUUCUAAACAAUGUGUAAAAUGUUAUCAAAUGAUACCUAUAUCAAAAUAUCAGGAACAUUGCGAUUUUCAUCUAGCUGAAAGUUUACAAUGGGACAUAAGUAGUUCAGUAUUACAUACUACAAAUGUAAAGAGAAAGGAAAAUACAGAUGAUAUAGAUACAAAUUCUAUUAAACGUCGAUCAAGUACAAAUAUUUGA